AUGGCGGCCUCCGAGGACCUGAUUGACUUCGACAUUAUCGAGGCCCAGAAGGAAAACGUUCAGUCACUUCCUGGUGGUAGAUCGGCCAGAGAGCUUGCCCGGAUUUUCUCAGCGGGCAGCAACAGCGACAAACUUGCAUCUCCUUCGCCAAACGACACAAGGACUAUCAACGGUGCCAUUCGCCAGGACUUUGAAAGGGAGCUGGAGUCAAUAGGAGAAUCGGACGAUCCGCUCGAUGUUUAUGACCGCUAUGUCAAAUGGACCCUUAACGCGUACCCGUCUGCCCAGGCCACCGCUGAAUCCGGCCUGCUGCCGCUACUCGAACGCGCCACCAAGUCUUUUCUCUCGUCGUCACAUUACCGGAAUGAUCCCCGCUACCUCCGGCUAUGGCUACACUACAUCCGACUGUUCUCGGAUGCCCCGCGCGAGACAUUUGCGUUCCUUGCCCGGCAUCAUAUCGGCGAAGGCUUGGCAUUAUUCUACGAGGAAUUUGCCGCAUGGUUAGAGGGAGCUGGACGCUGGACACAAGCAGAUGAAGUCUAUAGACUCGGAAUAGAUCGCGAGGCUCGACCAGCUGAGCGCUUGCUCCGGAAAUACAGCGAGUUCCAGCAACGAUACGAAGCACGACCACAAGAUGCCGGGCCUUCCUCGCCCGCCUUGCCGGCUGUACGUCCCGCCUUGGCCGCAAAGAUGGAUCCUUUCGCCCUAUCUGAGGCUGCUGCAGACCCGCAGACCUCACGGCCUUCCCCACAGAUAGGUGGUACGACAAAGACGAAAUCCGGGAAACAAAAGAUGACUAUUUUCUCAGAUUCCGAUGCCGCCGCAUCGAGUCAACCGCCAAGCAGCGGGGGAACAAAGGGGUGGGAAAGUAUUGGAUCAAUGCGGGAACGCAGAAAGGAAAAUGAGGUGGAGGCGAAACCAUGGGUUGGAGAGACAUUGAAGGCGGGAAAGAAGCCAGUACCAACACAGAAAAUGGCAAUUUUCAGGGAUGAGUCCAAUCCAAAUCCACCUCAAGAACAAAGUGCCUCCAAGUACGUUCCAGAACACCAUGUAAGGGAAGCGGUAAACCCACGGACAGGGCGUCGAGAACGAGUUUUUGUCGACCUUGAAUCAGUAUAUCCAGACUAUAAGAACCCCGCCCACGAGAUGAGUUUCGAGGAAUUGAGGGCUAUCAAGCGCGGGUGGAUGAAUAGGAGCUGGCGUUCCCAGAAGGAACCCUUGCAACAGAUCUCAGGGAACGUGAAGGGUUUUGAGGGUCAUUCAUCGAUGCAGAAGACUACAAGUGCAGCCGGGGAGCCACCCGAGCAAUUGAGUCAGAAUUCAAUAAUCGAUGGAGAAACAUCUCAAGCACAGGACCAGGAGGGGCCUCAUGCGGGCAAGACCGGGAAGGCAAGAAAAUUCAAGGUCCAGGGAGAAACUCAAACCAUUAAAAUGAAAUUUGAUUCCCCGACCAACUCGUCGAAAGUCCGGCGAAAGAGCACAAGAGAACCGACAAUGACUAUGCAUACUCGCGCUGCAACGGAUGAGAUCUACAGCAUAUUCAAUCAGCCAUUGAAGGCAGAGACUGAGGAUGCGACAGAUAGCUUGUGCGGCAGUGAUUACGAGGAUGAUGCUUCUGUUAGUACUGGAGAUAGUACAGGCACCGGCCAUAUCUCGGCAGUCUCAAGCGACUUCGGCGACGAUGAAACUCAUACUUUCCACGGGUCUUACGAUGAUACAGAGUACGGUAACGACGAUGUCACGCACGCUGAAAGCGUUGCUGGGGACGACUGGACCGAAUUCAGUGUCAGCAAAGACGUCCCUGGGGGCGGAAGUACCGAUAUGACAUCUCGCUCGGUUAUUAGCGAACGGGAGGAUAUCUCUCCGUAUGGAACCCCCGAGAAGGAGCGGUUUGUACCUCAAAUGCCGGAGGACUACAACCCACCUUGCGGGACGUAUCGUGAUCCGGCAAUCAUGGCACAGAAUCGGCUUCCCUUCAUGACCCCAAUUGUGGAACGGACCGAGUCCUCAAUAUCCAUGACAGCUGCCAGGAAUAUGCAUAAUUCGAAGACGCCAUCAAAGCCUCGCACCCCAGGUAUGCCUCAGAUGGGCGAUCUUCUACUCUCUAGUCCAGUUGCAGCAACAACACCCUAUCACGGAGACCACACUGUCAAUUCGACCGCCGACGUGCCAUUCAGCCCAACAGCGUUCAAAGCCCUUGCUCCAAAACCACGCCGACGGGAAGUUGUUAUCAGAGACUUGCAAUGCAAUCCAACUGAUAAGGGCAUUCGCAAUACGAUUUUGAACUCUUUGGAGCCACCACUUGCAUCAUAUUCGGGCUAUCAUGGUCAUGUCCAAGAUAGCAACUAUGCUACUAUGAUCCAAAAAUUCGUGAAAGCCCACAGCCGAAAGUUGAAAAGCGCUGAUGAUGAAAGUUUUGACACUCCAAUUCUGGAAUUUCCCGGAGCUGAACGCAGCUAUAUCAUUCGACGUGAACUUGGUGCUGGCGCAUAUGCUCCCGUUUACCUCGCAGAGAGUGUCGAUAGUCUAGAGUCGUACGAUUCUGAUUCAGACGGCGAAAAUAGGAGUCCACAUAACCGAGACUCCCUGUCUAGGCAUCCAAGCCCUUAUGACACUCCUCGGGAUCCGUUUGAAGCAGUCAAGGUCGAGAACGGACCGUCCAGCGCCUGGGAAUUCUACAUGAUUCGCACUGCACACGAACGUCUCCGGCAAUCGACUAGCCAGGCCCGCGCCACAGAGAGCAUCGUCCGUGCCCAUGAACUACACGUCCACCAACGCGAGAGUUUCCUAGUGGAAGACUAUCGAGGCCAAGGCACGCUCCUCGAUCUUGUCAACUUGCUCCGCAACGAACCCAUCAGCUCGACCCACAACAGCGACGGCGGGCUCGAAGAAUCUCUUGCAAUGUUCUUUUCCAUCGAGCUCUUCCGCACCGUCGAGGCCCUACACGCCAGCGGUAUCCUGCAUGGCGACAUCAAAGCCGACAACUGCCUUGUUCGCCUUGGUGAUCCCUCGACAACCGACUCCCCGCCCACCAGCACUUUUUCCCUCCUAGAGCUUGGCGAUGGGCCCGCGCAUGAAGCCCCCGAGUCACCCUCCUACGCGCCAUCUGGCGCCUACGGCUGGCGCACUAAAGGCCUCGCACUUAUCGAUUUCGGCCGCGCCAUCGACAUGACCGCUUUCGCGCCAGGCGUGCAGUUCAUCGCAGACUGGGAAACCGGUACCCACGAGUGUCCCGAGAUCCGCGAGAUGCGCCCCUGGACCCACCAAAUCGACCUGUACGGCAUCGCCGGUGUGAUUCACGUCCUGCUGUUCGGCAAAUACAUCGAGUCGGCGGCGGUCCGGACGAGCUCCGAUGGUGCCGGCGCCGGCCCUACCUAUCGCAUCCGCGAGUCACUGAAACGCUACUGGGACCGCGAGCUAUGGGCAGAUGUCUUUGACUUGCUACUUAAUCCGGGCGCGCAGCGGUGGGUCGCGCUGGAAGCAGAGGGAGAUGCAGAGAACGUAGUUCCUGGGGCGCCAGUGCUCCCUGUGUUGCGGGGGAUGCGCCAAGUGCGGCAGAGUAUGGAGGACUGGCUGGUUGUGAACGCGGAGAAGAAAGGGCUGGCGCUACAGUUGAAAAAGAUUGAGGCGCUGCUGGCGGAACGGAAGAAGAGGCUGGAGCGGGCUUGA